GGUAUGGAAAAAAAAAUAUGGAUACUCACUCUCUCUCUCUCUCCAAAGAGCAAAGUUACAUCAAUUUGUAUAUUAGGCUUGAGGAGCUCCAAGUUUUGGAUAUCAAAUUUCUUUAUGGGUUGUUCAAAGCCAACUAUUGUGGUUCUUUACCAGGAUAACAAAGAUGCUCGUCAUGUUAAAACAUAUGAGGUUGCUCUGAAGGAUAAAGAUUUUGUUGAGGGUCCAUGGUCCCAGAACAAUCUUGAUAAUGGGGCUGAUUUAUUGAUACCAGUUCCCCCACCUCUUUGUGGUGUGCUUAUUAUUGGAGAAGAAACCAUAGUAUACUGCAGUGCUAGUGCUUUUAAAGCUAUCCCAAUCAGACCUUCAAGUACAAAAGCCUAUGGAAGAGUUGAUCCUGAUGGUUCUAGAUAUUUACUUGGUGACUAUACAGGGUUGCUUAGUCUACUUGUAAUAAGCCAUGAGAAAGAAAAGUACGCGAUCACUCAUUCACUUGUUUCCAUGUUGGCUUAA